AUGGCAAUGAAUUUACUCUUCUUCAUUUUAAUACUGUCAGCUUUACUUUGGACAUCAUGUAAUUCAGUAACACUUACAACUAUGCCUCCAGGCGCCUUAUCUACAAAUUCAAGUAAUUUGCAUGCGCGCUUGGUAGAUACUAACGCCACGUGUGCAUCCUAUGAAUGGUAUCGUAACACAUCAAAUGGCCAGGUUGUAGCUCAGCAAACCUCUCACUGUUAUUCAAAUCGCUGUAAUGUCACAUUCCACCAGUCAUCGGGCACCUUUACUAGUCCUUACUAUCCACUUAGAUAUAUGCCAGCUUUCUGCACCUAUACUAUCAACGCACAAAGUGGCAACACUAUCACCAUUAACUGGCAAAAAUUUAAUGUUGGAGUAGCGGCAUUAUUUGGAAGCUGCUUACCUGAUAGUGUUACGGUUUAUGACCAAUCAACUGUGUCUCCAUUAAGUAAAAGUGUACUAUGCGGUAACAUGAGUCAAACCAGUUCAUUCACGUCUAAAUCAAAUAAAAUUAUUAUUGUUUUCAAAAGCAUAUCAAAUCGCCAUUUUAAUGGCUUUAUGGCCAACUUUAAGACCAAUGGUCUGGCUUCACAUCAAAAUCAUCACUCGCUAGCUACUGUUAUCCCAAGUAAGAAUUGCAUGGCGAUACUUUAA